CGCGCCUUCUCUCUCUCUCUCUCUCUCUCUCUCUCCUGAGGCCGCCCCGUUUGCCUUGGCCUCCCCGCCCUUUCUUUCCCCCUUCUCCUUCUCAAAAGGAAGAGGGAGGCCACCGAGGAGGAGAUGGGAGAGGAAGCCAAGAAGUGGAGCAGGGCUUGAGCUGGUCCUCUUUUUCCCAUCCCAAAAGGACGCCAAAGCCGCCCUCUUUCCCAAGUGGAGGCUCUGAAGCCAGGACCUUCCUUCCCUUUGGGUUUGGCUCGGCUUGUUUGGGAGGGGAUGGUGCUUCUGGUGCUGCUGCUGGUGGUGGUGGGCUGGGCUCCGGGCUGGGCGCGGGGCGCCUCGUGCGAGCCGGUGCGCCUCCCGCUCUGCCAGUCCUUGCCCUGGAACAUGACCAAGAUGCCCAACCACCUGCACCACAGCACCCAGGCCAACGCCAUCCUGGCCAUCGAGCAGUUCGAGGGCCUGCUGGGCAUCCACUGCAGCGCCGACCUGCUCUUCUUCCUCUGCGCCAUGUACGCGCCCAUCUGCACCAUCGACUUCCAGCACGAGCCCAUCAAGCCCUGCAAGUCGGUCUGCGAGCGGGCGCGCGCCGGGUGCGAGCCCGUCCUCCGCAAGUACGGACACGCCUGGCCAGACAGCCUGGCCUGCGAGGAGCUGCCCGUCUACGACCGCGGCGUCUGCAUCUCCCCCGAGGCCAUCGUCACCGCCGAAGGGGCCGAUUUCCCUAUGGAUUCUAAUAAUGGCAACUGUAGAGGCACCAGCGCUGAGCGCUGUAAAUGCAAGCCUAUAAAAGCUACCCAGAAGACUUAUCUCCGGAAUAAUUACAACUAUGUCAUUCGGGCGAAAGUGAAGGAGGUGAAGACCAAAUGUCAUGAUGUCACGGCAGUCGUUGAAGUAAAGGAGAUUCUAAAAUCUUCCUUGGUGAACAUUCCCAGGGACACUGUUAACCUGUACACAAACUCGGGUUGCUUGUGCCCACCUCUCAAUGCGAAUGAAGAAUAUAUCAUCAUGGGUUAUGAAGAUGAAGAGCGCUCCAGAUUACUCUUGGUCGAAGGCUCCAUAGCUGAGAAAUGGAAGGAUCGUCUUGGUAAAAAAGUGAAGCGCUGGGAUCAGAAACUCCGUCAUCCUGGUAAAGGCAGAAAUGAACCUGGACAAAGUGAUUCAGCUCCGAAAUCUGGCCGAACCACCAAUCCACGACAAAGACGCAAUUAGACGAAUGAUAGCAUAUGUCGGGAAAAGGAAAGAAACCAAGCAAAUUAAUCCACAGACUUGUGUAAAUUAAAGACUUGCCUUGAUGGAGCAGCAAAGAAGAAAUUGCACUAUUGCGCGUUGCAUUCUAUUGUUUACUAUGAGAUCCUGUUGUAGCCAAUAUUAGUUUUAUUUUCCCUUGUGUUUUUCUGGCCCCUUGAUAUCUGCAGGAGGAGAAGCACUCAGAAAAAACAAUAUGUUAUGCCCACAAAUGUUUGUAGAUUCACAUCUAUCUAUCUGUCGGUUGGUGGGUUUGUUUAUCAACAUAGAAUAUGGGGUCAGCUGAUGCCAUGGUAAUGGUUUAUUGAGAGUUACUCCAGUCCAAAAAUUUAUGCACUCUCUGAGAAAACAGAUCUCUGGCCCGUUCAAAAUCCCCCAUUAAGAGUGACAUUACACAUAUCCCUGCAUUCCUGUCUAUGCAAAAAUAAUUGAUGUGCGAGGUGGAAGAUUUGCAAAGGUAGUAGCUAUAUAGGGCCAGGUCAACUUAUUGCUUCCCUAAAUUACAAUCAAUCCAAGAAUGACAUUAAGCCAUUUUUACACUUCCCACCCGAGUAUAAUGCUUGGAAAGUCAUUACUGUUGACAAUAUUUCAACCGGGCCUCCAUUUAUACGUUCCAAAGUCGAUCUUCCUCAAGUAGCUGGCAUACAAUCUGGGAAUCAGAUGCAUGAUUCAGAUUUUUUUUUGUGUGUGUCAGGAGUGACUUGAGAAACUGCAAGUCACUUCUGGUGUGAGAGAAUUG